CAUCAAAAGUAUGGGUUUGAGGGAGUAUCUUUUCUUCCUGGGUCGUGACACCUGUUUGUGUUCAAUGGGGCAACGAAUUCACUUUGUGGUUGACCCUCAGGGUUGGUGCUGCAUGGGCCUAAUUAUCUUUGUCUGGCUGUACAAUACAGUCUUCAUUCCAAAGGUCAUCCUUUUUCCUCACUAUGAAGAGGGAAAUAUUUCAGUUGUGGCAGUUUUGUGUUAUUACUUCUGCUCAUUGUUUUGUAUAGGUUCAUUACUUAGAGCUUCAGUAGCGGAUCCCGGAAAGCUACCUGAAAAUCCAAAGAUACCAAUUACAGAACGAGAAUAUUGGGAGCUUUGUAACAAAUGCAACAUGAUGAGACCAAAGCGUUCACACCAUUGCAGUCGUUGUGGACAUUGCGUGAGGAGGAUGGAUCACCACUGUCCAUGGAUUAAUAACUGUGUUGGUGAAGACAAUCAUUGGCUGUUUUUACAGCUGUGUUUCUACACUCAGAUCCUUAGUUCCUAUACGCUGAUACUUGAUUUCUGCCAUUACUACUACUUUUUGCCUCUGAAAAAAGAAAACUGGGAUAUUUUUGUAUUUAGACAUGAACUUGCUCUCCUAAGAAUAUCUGUCUUCAUGGGUCUAAUAAUAUUAGGUGGAAUAAGUCGACUCUUUUACACUCAGCUAAUUGGUAUUUUCACUGAUACUACAAGUAUAGAAAAAAUGUCAAACUGUUGUGAAGACAUGUCGAGGACCCGAAAGCCAUGGCAGCAGACCUUCUCAGAAGUUUUUGGCACUCACUGGAAGAUCCUGUGGUUUAUUCCUUUCAGGCAGAGGCAACCACUGCGAGUUCCCUACCACUUUGCCAAUCAUGUCUAAACAGAUGGAUGGUGGGCACAGAUGGGUCCUCCAUGCUGGAAGUGCGUUACAGGUUUUAUGAUAAUAGGACUAUGACAGUCUUAAAGUCAAUUAAAAUCCAGUUGUAGGCAUCACAAUGUGCCCCAGGCAUUAUUUUAGUUGUGGUGUUGAUUCUGUUCUGAGAUUAAUGCAAAUUGAUUGUUUAACUUUAUGCAUAUUUAAUUUCAGAUUAGCUUUCCAAAGAAAUUUCUUUUGGUUUUGAGAUUAAUACCAAAAGCAAAUGACUGAAAUGCACUCUUCCUCUAUUUGUUUGAUACUGGCUCUUUUUCUUUUUUUUACCUUUUUUUUUUUUUUUUGUAGGAAGCACUGAAGUUUACAUUCAUGGUUAGAUUUCUCUCCAAGUGUCUUAUUUUGCCUUGAAUUUUUUUUAGUGUUUUUAUCAGCAGGUCUGUCUAGAUAAUGUCUUUUUUUUUCUGCAUGUGUUGAACUGAUACUGCCAGUUAUUUAUGAUAUGCAAUAGUAAUCCUGCAGCACCGUACUAUAAAAGGCAGCAUUUAAAACUGAGGCAGACUACUUCCUAAACCUUUCUCAGAGAGGUUUUUAUAAAUACACAUAAAUGUGUAUGUUUAUAUAGAGAAGUCUUACAUCUUACAGUUAUCUUUUGGCCUAGAUAUGAUUUUAGUGAAAAUUAUUCAUGUCUCUAUGUCAACAAGUGGGAUUAAAUAUUCCAGGGUAAACUGUCCAGAUAGGAAGUGUGUUUUCCCUAUAUCCCAAGGCUUUAUUUGCAAUAAUUCAACAAAGAAGUUGCAUGGUGCAAAUACUGGAAUGCUUACUUUUUAAAAAUGCAGAUGUAGUUAGUUAGCAUAAUGUACCAUAAAAAAAGAGUAUAUUGUCAAUAAAGUUAUAAAUUUUAUAUUUUCUUUAGUAAUGAUUAGCUGGAAGUCUGAGUGUUUGUAUAUUGGAAAUACAAAUAUUUAAAAUAUUUACACAUAAAUAUAGAUUUGUUACUAACGUGUUCAGUGAAAUAUACUAACUCAUUUAAUAGGGUAUUGCGUUGAUGUAGAUAACUUGUUGUUCCUUUAAGUAUGGAAGUAGUUAACCAAAGAAAGCAUCCUUCAUAUCUGGUAAAAUGACAACAAUUGCCAAAGUACUGGUUCGGCCUUUCUGUAUCUGGAAAAAUUAUGUACUUAUUUUAGCCGUCUGUAUCUGUACAAAUAUCAACAUGAGAUGAUUGUGGAAAGUACUGUGAAUUUCUUCUAGAAAUUCAGUGGUUUUAGUUAUGCUGCUUAUGAUGUUUGUUGCAUAGUCUAACAGGACUAGGAUCCACCUUAAAUGGCAGCCAUGCAACUGGACACAAUAAAAUAUACAAAAUCAGGAUUUAAUAUAUGUAGGUUGUGUAGGAAGUAAUACUUUAUUUAUGAACAGUUCAUCAAAAAAUGAAGGGCAAGACUUGUCAUGAGUGGUGUUUGUAACAAAUUUUAAAAGACUCAUUUGUAAUGCAGUUUCUGCCAAUGUUAGAGGUCCCUUUAUUGAAUUAACAGAUUUUGAUGAUCCACUCACUGGCAGUUCCAAAGGGUGCAUCUUAAAAAUCACUUGAAUUUUAAACUUUUGUAAACUUCUAACAUUUGAUCCAACUUUACUUUUCCUCUCUUUUUAAAAAUAGAUGGAUUGUUUUAUUGUUUUAAAUUUCAAGCCUAAUGUUCAACCAUUUUUUUCAUCCCAGUUUUAGUGAGCCUAGACUUUCUUUAAGGUGGUAUUGGCAGCAAUAUUUAAACAAAAGACUGGGACAGUGCUGGAAAUCAAAAAGAAUGUGGAUACACAUAAUAAAGUAAUGGCUGUAUUCUCUCCCCUCCCCCCUUCUCUUUUUUUAAGGAAUACCACUAUUAUAGUCUCUGGUAUAUACAGGGGGAAUAAUAGCAGUUUCAUUUCCCAUGCCAGUAUUUAAAUGAGUGAAACACAGAAGCUUUUUAGAAGAUUUUUCAUGCUAAUCAGUUAUCGUAGUUAGCAGAUUUUACUGUUCUGAACCUUAUUCUGAAAGAGGAUCACGAAUUUAACUAUUUUUUUUUUUACAUUUACCGUGGGGACAUAUAAUUGUUUCCCGGCGUUACCGUAUUACCGAAACAGUGCCUGGAGCACCAAACCUGCCGCACAGAGCGCGCCCGACGGCGGGAGCCUCGGUGGCGAACAGAGCGCUUGGUUCGUGCGCCCGGUGCGCAGCCGAACAGCGGGGCGCUGCAGUUCCGCGGGCUCCGGGGGGAUGGAGGAUCCGGGAGCAUCCCGUGUCCCGGGGGCCGGGCACGAGCACGCGGCGUGGGCACGCGCCCCCUGUCGCCAGUUGCCCGUCGCGACAGCGGCGAUGCGCGGCCCGAGAGGGGCGAGGGACCGCUCCCCGGGAGCCGAGCAGAGAGCCCUGGCCGUGAAAACCUUGCCCGA